AUGGCAUCGCAAGACCAGGCCCUCCCUAUGAAGCUAUGCUUCGUCACGGUGGGAGCCACGGCUUCGUUUCAUUUACUUCUGCAGGCCAUAUUGGACGAUAGAUUUCUAGCUGCCUUGCAUGAAGCCAAUUAUACGCAUCUCCUAGUCCAAUACGGGAAGGACAGCCAAGCUCUUUUUGAAGAGCUUCUCAGCAAAUAUCCCCCUGGGAGCCCGAGCCGGCACGGUAUUGAGAUAGACGGGUUCGAUUUCAAUCAUGCAGGUCUAGACGGGGAGAUGAGGCUUGCUCAAGCGAGACUUGAUGAAGGUCGAAAUGGGGGGUUAAUCAUCAGUCAUGCAGGAUCGGGCAGUAUCCUGGGCGCACUACGGUUAGGAGUGCCACUUGUGGUUGUUCCCAAUACAACCUUGAAGGACAACCACCAGGUGGAACUGGCCCAUGAGUUGCAGAAGCAAGGAUAUGUCAUUGCUAGCGGACAUCAGGAGGUGUCUGUUGCUGUAGGGCACGCAGAGACACUACGGGCUCGCAUGCUGACUUGGCCGCCUGUUAAUGGAGCAAAUCAGAAACGUCAUCGCACGCUGGAGCAAGUGAUGUCGGAUGAAUUGGGCUUCUUGGAUUAA